UGUUUCUUCAUUAUCUUCUGGCAUGAUUAGGAGAUGAUCAUCUGGGUCUAACAAUCACUGCCAGGAUAUCUGAGGGGAACUGUUGAAUUUAUCGGAUAAGUAGGAGAGAAGGAAACCAGCGUCUGCGGGGGAGAGGAUUUACAGCCAGGAGCAAAGUGGAGAUAAAGGAUCGGCUUGGGCUUUAUUAUUGCAGAGGGAAAAUAAAUGGCUAACUAUUCUUCAACUCAGAAUCACACUACAGGGCUAGAGGACCACUGCAAUGUGCCAAAUAACAACACAUACAAAGUCUUGUCCUGGGUGAUGGCUGGAGAAUUCAUUCUGGGUCUACCUCUUAACCUCUCGGUGCUCUACAUCUUCAUCUUCAGGUUCAAAUUCUGGAAGAACAACAGUGUGUUCCUCUUCAACAUUGUGGUUGCUGAUUUUCUGCUGGUGGCCUGCCUUCCUGUUAAGAUCCACCACUAUCAGAAUCAGGUCAGGCGCAGCGAAAAUGAGACGGUUUGCACCCUGAUGCUCUUCAUGCUGUUUCUCAAUCGAGGGGCCAGCAUCGCCUUCCUCAUCACGCUGUCCCUGGACCGCUACUUCAGCGUGGUCCACCUUGGGAGGAAAAACUGUGUCAAGGUGUUUAAGAAGUCUCCCCUGAUCUCCGUGCUUAUAUGGGUGUUCUUACUGCCGCUUACCAUCCCCACGUUGUUUGUCUUCUUCUCUCAGAUCAUUAUCCCAUUCAGCAUCUUGGUUUACUGCACAACUCGAAUCGUCAGUCGACUAAAGAGGAAGACGGUUGGGGAUAAGGCCAAGCUGAGGAGAGCUGUGUUUGCUGUUCUUUCUGUCGCCGUCGUCUUCUCCGUUUGCUUCCUGCCCAGCACAAUAGCACGAGCGGUGUUAUUGAUAGUACGGUUGAAAAACAUGCAAGACACAGAGAACAUAGUGGUCCAAGUGUUCGACACUCUCAUGGUUUUGUCCUACCUCGACUGCUUGCUGGACCCACUGGUUUACUGCUUUUGUAACUCAGGGUUUAAGGUUGCUUACAUAUCUACUUUCUUCCCUCCGGUACUUAAGAACAGAUUGCUGAAACCCGCCUCUUACGUGCCAACAACUACAACCACAACUCUUAACUCGGCAUCUAAAAUCAUUCCUUUACAAGUAGUGCAAAAAUGAUCAUUUCAUUGUAUACGUAUCUCAAAAAGUGGGAAAUUGCUGUUCCACCCAUACAGGUGCUUUCUGAGAAGCAAAGCUUUAAGCAUAAAGAGAAAAAAAAAUAAUGACCACAACCCAUAUUUAUCUUAAACAAAAGUUGUUUUUAAGUUGAAGUUGUAGAAAAGCAACUCAUACAGCACGUUUCAGGAAAGUGACCUAUUUCUAUAAAAGGGAAAUUGCUCAUUUUAAGUAAGGAAAAUUAUCUUUACUUAUCAGAAAAUGAAAUUUCAAGUUCGAGGAAAGGAUGUUUCUGUUAGGAACAUUACUCUAUUUCAAAACAAGAAAAAAAUAAGAGUUAUGUUUCAGGAUGUAAUCUUUUAAAUUCCACUAAAGAAAAUUUCUGGAUAUCACCUUUUAGUGAAAAAUAACUCAAUUUUAAGGAAAAUAGGAAAAAAGAAAGCUUAUAGUGACAGAUACAGAACCUGUUAUAUCUCAGAAAGUAACCAACAAGUUUUAGAAAAGACAACUGUGCAUCUCAGAAAUUAAUUGUUAGAAACUUAAACCUGACCACUAAAGUUCAGAGAAAGUAACCAUUAAGUUCCAAAAAAGUGACAUAACCACACAACCUGUGAAUUUUAGAAAAGUAAUCUCCAGCAGGGACUGAAAAUUGACUUCUGAGUUCAGGAAGGUUAGGAAAGUUACCAGUAGGAGCUAGCAGAGUUCCAUAUAUCUGUAAGGAAUGUUUCGGGGAAUAAACCUGAUAAAAAAAGGUUAAAUAACCUGUAAGGUUUUGACUUGUUUUAGGCUUUGCAUUACUUAAAUCCAGGUUUGACUAUUUUAGGAACAAUUUUGUUUUGUUGUCUGGUUAGACCUAUCUGGUCUACUUUGUUCUUUCUUUGUUUUGCUGCAUGUUGUGUGGCUGAAUAAUUGUAUAUAUAUAUAUUGUAUAUACGUAUGUAUGCAUUAGCACUUAUAUUUAUUUGUAUUUGGUUCAAACCAGGGGUGAAGCAGCUAAGAAUGUUUAAUCUUCAUGUCAAAGAGCCCAGCUUAGUAUUUAAAUGCUGCUAAAACUUGAACUUUUUCCCUAACACUGUAUGUUGUCUCCAUUUGCAGGGCUUUAAACAGACUUCGCCUCUUUCUGUUUCAAUUCACAAGCCUUCCAGUCGCUUUAUUUGACUAUUGCCAUUAAACCUGUUGUUGAAUCUGUUUCAUUUGUCAGCCACAACUAUAAAAAUGUAAGACCAGGAAUUUGAAAGCUUUAAUAAAGCUUGUU